UAUGUGCUGUGCCUAGUUUGAUAAUUGUGAAUACCAUUUUAAUUAUAAAUAUGAAAUUUUCAUUUUGGGUAACUUUGGCUGUGCUGUCAGCGACUGCCAUGUCGGAAACAAUUCUAGAUGGAACACCUUGCGAAAAUACAGUUGUCUGUUUAUCUGACUCUACAUUUUCGUUCUGUUUUUUGAUCAACGAUGGACAAGAAGAAUUACAAGUAGGUAAUUUCACUUGUGCUUCCGGUAAAGAAUGCGUUCAAGGAGCAAACAAUCCUUGCCAUGAAGCUUUAAUAGAAGGACAAACCAAGAAUACUACUUCAAAAUCUUUAGUAGAUUCGUGCGAAACCCAAGGAAUAUGUAAGCACGCCGCCAACAACUGCAACCAGUACUAUGAGCUAGUCCUGCAAAGCUGUCCUUCCGGAGAAUCCUUCAGCCGCACAGAACUGAAAUGCACAUCUGAAGAAGCUUGCACUGAAACAAACAGUUCUACAGAAACGCCAUCAACUCAAAGCUCGCCUUCGAAUGAAGAGGAAGAUUGCGGUUGUACACCACCAACUUGUACUGGUACAGGAAAAUAUCCGUCUGAAAACUGCAGUCAGUACUACGAAUGCAUCGACACUGAUACAGGAUACGAACUGGUGAUACAAACAUGUUCGUCUGGGCAGGCCUUUAACAGAACACAACUCGUAUGUGUUGUUGAUGAGAUAUGUGGACGUGAAAACAAUUCAUCCGGCACGACUUCUUCAGUAGCUUCGACAACACAGGCGACAGUAGUAACUCCACCUACAUGUCUGGAACCAGGGAGACUGCCUUGUCAGGAGUGCAAUCAGUACUACGAAUGCACGCCAAAAGAAGAUGGAUCUUUCGAGAUAUCUCUGGAAACUUGUCCUACAGGACAGGCAUAUAGCAAUACUCAGCAGGAGUGUUUCCCAGAUGAUUCCUGUAUUCCAGUAGUGACAGAAUCGACAACCAUACAUUCAGAAGUUACUCCUCCUACGUGUACUGGACCAGGACGACUGCCUUGUCAGGAGUGCAACCAGUACUACGAAUGUACAGAAAAGGAAGACGGCUCUUUUGAGAUAUCUCUGGAAACGUGUUCCUCAGGUCAUGCAUAUAACAAUACGCAGCAAGAUUGCGUUCCUGAUGAUACUUGUGCUGUGGAAACUAUAGAUACAACAACAAGCGAACCUUGUGGCUGUAAUACAACCGAACCUGAAAUAAUUACAACUACUGAAGCUCCAGUGACAGCUCCAGCAGAAUGUACUUCUGCAAGUAAAUACCCCUCUCAGAACUGUAACCAGUAUUACGAAUGUGUACAAUUCCUAUGGUGGUACUUUUUGAACUUAUACACGUGCCCCUCUGGGCAAGCUUUUGACACUACGGAAUUGUUAUGCGUCGCUAACUACAGAUGUAAUGCAGAAACUGGCAAAAUUGAAUCCGAGACGACAACAAAACCAUCUACUACUUCAAGUACUUCAACCACAACUACUACAACUCCCAUCACUACUACUACAACUCCCACCAGUACUACUACUACUCCCACCGCUACUACUACAGCUCCCACCACUACUACUACAAGUCCCACCACUACUACUGCAAUUCCCAACCCUACUUCUACAACUCUCACCACUACUACUACAACUCCCGACCCUACUACUACAACUCCCACCACUACUAUUACAAUUCCCACUACUACUACGCCCACUACAACGCCUACCACGACUACAACAAAGCCUACUACAACUACAACGACACAAGCAACUCCUCCAUCAAGUUGUACAGGUGCUGACAAGUAUCCUGCUCCCGCGUGCAACCAGUAUUACGAAUGUUUAGAGGUUAUGUAUUGGUACGAAUUAGUAGUCCAAACCUGUGAAUCCGGACACUCCUAUAGUGAAUGCUUAAAGAUCUGCGUCGCAGACGAAACUUGUAAUCCUUAAAUUAUGUUUAAUGUAAAUGUAUUUUCAUUAAUAAAUAUAACUGAAAGCAUAA